GGCCAUUGGCUAGAAGCAACGCUAAACUUGUUGACACGUUAUUAAAUCGGGCUGGGUCGAACCGCACGGCCGAGUCUUGGACCGGGUUCGGAUGAGAUCCGAGUCUGCUAGCGCCAGUCUUGACUCAUUCCUAUAUCCCCUCCGAGUCAACGCGCGAGGACGAGAAUAAGCGGUGAUCAGGAUGGAGUGCCCCCGAGGCGAUGGAGUGCGUACCGCGCAAGAAAACCUCCGAUUCUGAGCCAAAUCUUCCCUGAGUUUGUCAGGAGGCUGUAAAUUUCCAUGCUGUUCAACAUGUUCCAUUUUUGUCCUUUGUUGUUCCAGCUGAAGACUUGUGCUUCUUUUAGUACAUUUUGGAUUGAUUAUAUUUGUCAGUUAAGAUAGGUUUAAGUGAGAAUCUUCAGCUUUGCGUAAUGGUUUUGUUUGGAAAAAAUUCCUGUUUGGUGGCUCCUGGAGUCGCAAAGUGGCAGUGUUACUCAUCAGGAAAUCUGCAACAGUAGAAAUCCCAGCAUAUCAACCAAGCAAAGUACAAUAUGCAAGGAGCAAGGAACUAGUGAUUUUUCAGAUCAGGGAAUGGCUGACUUUGAUGUUGCAGUCACGAAGUCUUUAUGUCAAAACAAUGUUACCAUCAUCCUAAAAGGUCCACAACAUUACAUAAUAUUUGUGAUGGAUUAAUCUGGCAGAAAGUUGUCUUGAACGGUAGCAGUUUUGUAGAAGCUAGAUAAUAGGAUGCCAAAGGGUGAAGCUGUUGUGCUGCAUGAUUAAUGGUUGAAGAGAUGGCUCCACUUCGCUUAACAGGGUUUACUGACCCUGGAUGGGAACAUGGUGUUGCUCAAGAUGAGAGGAAGAAAAAGGUAAAAUGCAAUUACUGUGGGAAAAUAGUAAGCGGGGGAAUAUACAGAUUGAAGCAGCAUUUGGCUAGAAUUUCUGGCGAAGUUACAUACUGUAAAAAGGCUCCUGAAGAGGUGUAUAUGAAAAUGAAAGAAAAUCUUGAAGGAUACAGGGCUAGCAAAAAACGACAAUCAGAGGAUGAAGAGCAAUCCUUCGAUUUACAUUCAAAUGAUGAUGAUGAAGAGGAUGAAGAACCUGUUGGUUAUAGACGCAAGGGAAGGCAGAUUGGAAAUGAUCAAAGCUUGGUCACAGCUAUAGCCCCACUACGGUCAUUAGGGUAUGUUGACCCAGGAUGGGAACAUGGCGUUGCUCAAGAUGAGAAAAAAAAGGUUAAAUGCAAUUAUUGUGAGAAAAUAGUUAGUGGUGGUAUAAACAGGUUCAAACAGCAUUUAGCCAGAAUUCCUGGGGAAGUUGCAUACUGUAAGAUGGCUCCCGAGGAAGUAUAUCUUAAAAUGAAAGAAAAUAUGAAAUGGCAUCGCACAGGAAGGAGAAGAAGGCCUGAAGCCAAAGAACUUGCAGCAUUAUAUAUGCAUCCAGACAAUGAUGAGGAAGAAGGGCUUGCAAAUGGUAAAAACAAAGCAAAUCGUAUGAUGGGUGAUCAAGAUGUUUCUUGUAGUAAAACCAUAAGAAAAAGAUCUAGAGGGAGGUCACUGGAAAGUGGUACAAGCGAUACUGACCUACAACUGAAACAGAUGAAUCCAGAUGCUGUAAUUGCAAAGACACAGAAAAGCCAGGUACCAUUAUGGUGCAAGCAAUCAAAACAGAAGGCAGGAUCUGAAAAAAAGAGCCGUAAAGAAGUAACCUCUGCAAUCUGCAAAUUUUUCUAUUAUGCUGCAAUACCUUUCAAUGUCGCAGAUUCGCCAUACUUUCACAAGAUGCUGGAUGUGGUUGGUCAAUAUGGACAUGGAUUAAAAAGCCCUACAACCAGAUUAAUUUCUGGUCGAUGUCUGCAGGAUGAAGUUGGAAGUAUUAAAGAAUAUCUUGUAGAAAUCAAGGCUUCUUGGGCUACAACUGGCUGUACAAUUAUCGCAGAUAGCUGGAAAGAUGUGCAGGGACAGACAAUAGUCAAUUUCUUGGUGUCUUGCCCCAGAGGGACAUACUUCAUUUCCUCCAUUGAUGCAUCUGAUGUAAUCAAAGAUGUUACCAGUCUUUUUAAGCUCUUGGACAAUGUUGUGGAGGAGGUAGGCGAGGGAAAUGUUGUACAGGUAAUUACAGAAAAUAAUGCAAACUAUAAAGCUGCUGGGAAGAUGCUGGAGGAGAAGAGGAGAAGUUUAUUUUGGACGCCCUGUGCUGCCUACUGCAUCGAUCAAAUUCUUGAGGAUUUUGUGAAGAUAAAAUGGGUCAGAGAGUGCAUUGACAAAGGCCAAAAAAUUGUUAAAUUUAUUUAUAACCGCAUAUGGUUGUUAAACCUUAUGAAAAAGGAAUUUACAGCGGGAAAGGAACUUCUUAGACCAGCUGUUACCAAGUUUGCAACCAGCUUUCUUACUUUACAAAGCUUGCUGGAUCAUAGGGCUGCUCUCAGAAGAAUGUUCCAAUCAAAUAAAUGGAUUUUGUCCCAAUUAGCAAAAUCAGAUGAGGGUAAAGAAGUUGAAAAAAUUGUCUUCAACUCCACAUUCUGGAAGAAGAUGCAAUAUGUUAAAAAAUCUGUUGAUCCUGUUGUACAGAUGUUUAAAAAAGUUGACAGCACUGAAGGGUUGUCUAUGCCAUCUAUUUAUAAUGACAUCUACCGAGCUAAACUUGCUAUUAAAGCCAUCCAUGCUGAUGAUGAGCGAAAAUAUGGUCCCUUCUGGAGUGUAAUAGACAACCAUUGGAGUGCUGUUUUCAACCAUGCCCUAUAUGUUGCAGCAUACUUCCUUAAUCCAUCAUAUCGUUAUCGUCCAGAUUUCAUGGUGCUACCAGAGGUUAUCCGAGGUCUAAAUGAAUGCAUAACUCGACUAGAACCAGAUCAUGGAAGAAGAGUUUCUGCUGCUUCGCAGAUUUCUGAUUUUGUUUUUGCUAAAGCUGAUUUUGGAACUGAACUGGCUUUGAGUACAAGAAUGGAGCUGGAUCCAGCUGCGUGGUGGCAACAACAUGGGAUAAAUUGUCUUGAAUUGCAACGAAUUGCUAUUCGCAUUUUGAGCCAGACAUGUACGUCCUUUGGUUGUGAACACCAUUGGAGUAUAUUUGAUCAAAUUCAUAGUACAAGGCAUAACCGUUUGGCCCAGAAGAAAUUAAAUGAUUUUGCUUAUGUCCAUUACAACUUGCGUCUUAGGGAGCGACAAUUAAAGAGAACUACUGAUGGCUCCAUAUCUCUUGACAGUGGCAUGCUAGAGAGCUUACUAGAUAAUUGGGUUGUUGAGUCUGAGAAGCUGUCUUUCCAAGAAGAUGAGGAGAUUCUUUAUAAUGAGGCAGAACAAGCAGAGGCAUAUGAAAAUGAUGUGAAUGAGAAUGAAGGUUCAGAUACAGCAUCACGGAAAGAUCAUACAGAAAUUGUCGCAUUACCUGAAAUAGUUGAGCCAUUAGAGGUUCAUCCUGCCACCAUGGGUGCUGCAACUGAUGAAGAUGAUGCUGAUCUUGAUUUCCUGGAUGAUGAUUUGAGUGAGUAGCUGAUAUUUCUGGCUCAUUACUUUCAAAUGAAUUGUUUUAAAAAAGGAGCUUCACAGUAACCAGUUAUUGGUUCAGGAAACCAGUUAUCGCUUGUCUUAAUUGUUCUGAAAAUGACAAGGUUGAUGUAGUUUGUGAGUAAAAGGGUUAGCAUAUUCAUCAAAAUGAAUUCAAGUAUCUGUGCUUGUCAUUGUUGUUUGUGUCUUCUUAUAUUUUAGAUGGUCAAUUUGGAGAUAUUGCAGCUUUGUGGCUCCUAGCACAUCUUCCUUGUAUGCUUCACGAAAAACUUAAGCGUAUAGGUAGCAUCUUUAUACCCAACUUUCAUAGUGUGUUUGUUGUACGAUGAAGAUAAAUGGUCAAUGAUAGAUCUUCUACUUUGA